AUGAGCGACGACUGGAGCAGCGUCACGAAGAUCGGCUCCCGCACUCGCGGCGGCGCGGCUGGACCCCGCGAGACGGUCGUCAAGGGCAAGAGCGCGCUGAACGCAGCACAGCGAAGCGGCGGUAUCGUAGCAACAGAGAAGAAGUUUGCCACUGCUAAUGCUGGCGCCUCAUCCGAAGGCCAGCGCCUCACCAAAGUGGACCGCUCCGACGACAUCAUCAAGCCCAAGACGGUGGGCAUCGCUGUCGGCCAGGCCAUCUCCAAGGCGCGCUCCGAAGCCAAGAACGACAAGGGCACCACCAUGACGCAGAAGGACCUCGCGACAAAGUGCAACAGCACGCCGACUAUUAUUGCUGACUUUGAGCGCGGCUCUGCGACGCCCGACCAGAAGCUGUUGGGUACCAUGGAGCGUGUGCUCAAUGUCGUCCUACGGGGUGACAAGAUUGGUCAGCCCAAGUUUCCGAACAAGAAGAAAUAG